CGGGCUUGUUGUCUACUCUCCGCUUGUCCCUUUCGUUGAUCAACCGCCCAUUCAGAAUAAAUUGCUUCUCCACGGAUUGAUCGCCACCAUGUUGUACGAGCUGAUUGCAGUUGUCCGCCCCGGCAGCCUCCACGAGGUCCGCGACAUCGCCCGUAAUGCCGGUGUCCAGGUCCUGCGCGCCGGCGGCGUAAUCCGCGGCUACACCAACUGGGGCACCUUCACCCUGCCCCGGCCCACCACCAAGCACCAGGCCCGCUACCACGAAGGCCACCACUUCAUCAUGCGCUUCGACUCCUCGGGAGCCGUGCAGCAAGCCGUCCAGCGCACCCUCGGUCUCGAUCCCCGUAUGAUCCGCUUCUCCGUGGUGAAGCUGGGCGACAAGCUGGAGGAGAUCAAGGACGUGGAGGGCAAGGUGGACUGGAACAAAUACCGCCCGCUCACCGAAUCCAUCUGA